ACCAGUCACGUGACCACCUUCUCCUGCGGUAAUGUGAAGAAAUGGCCUGAAAAUGCGGAAAGCAAAGAUUAUUUAUACUUUAGUCUUCUUCUUCUCCCUUCUCCAGCAGUCGUGUUGUGACGUUAAUUCCAUCAUUGGCUAUUGCCUCAGCUCUGAAGGCCUCGGCCUUCCCCGUUACAUAAAAAGAGUCACUGUAAAUGAUGCCACUGUCUUUUACUAUGACAGCAACAUGCAUUCAACAGCACCAUGUCCCGAUUGGCUCAGCACCACAGCUUGUCAGCACUGGAAAGAGAUGAGUUUUUUAACACAGUACAACCAGAAACUUAUGUCUGAAGCACUCCAAACAGCCAUCAAGCAGUUCAAUCUCACAGGCACCUUUUCAGAUAUUAAUGUAUAUCAAGCCUGCAGUCGCUGUGACCUCUAUCCAAAUGGCACAGUCAAGGCAGUUUUAACCCACGGGUUCAAUGGGAUGGACUUCUUAACUUUAGAUUUUGACAGUAAGACGUUCAUACCUUCUGUUCCUCAAGCCAUCAUAUAUAAAAGGAUUAGGGAGAAGGAUGAAAUCUUGCUUGAACGCGUGAUGGCUUACUACAAAAAGACCUGUUUUGACCACCUUAAGAUGUUCUUAGAGAAUUCUCCUGCAGUCAACAUGAAGAAAGCUCCAGAGGUCAGGAUUUUUGAGAAGCAGAGGGCUGGUUCCACUCUCCUCACGUGUCAUGUGACUGGGUUUUACCCCAAAGCCGUGCAGGUGAAGUGGAUUGGGGCAGAUUUACAGCAGGAGGAUCUCGAGACGAAUGAUGUUCUGCCUAAUGGUGAUGGUACAUAUCAGACCAGAAGGAGUGUGAUCAGACCUGAGGAGAACACAGGAGAUCAGCACUACAGCUGUGUAGUGUAUCACAGCAGCGUUGAGGGAAAUAUUACAGUCACCUGGGGUAAAGAAGAGAAACUCUUCAAGCUUCCUGUUCGGAUGACACUAGGCUUCAUUUUCAUGGUUACUGUAGUUGGGCUUGUAAUACGAUGCUUCAUUAAAAGUAAAGAUGCUGUGACUGAAAGUGAUGACUCAUGAGAAGAUCGAGCUGUCUAUCCUUGAUCUCGAACUCCUACAGUCCUCAGGUCUAGCUGUUUCUUCUUGGAUAUUUGCACAAAUCUCUUCGUUAAGGUCAAUCUAAAUGAAGAAUCAGAAUCUUUUUUUUAAUUUUAAUUUUUUUGUUUACAAAAGCUAAACGACACGGACAUAGUGUAUUCAUCACUUGACCAUUCACACGAACAAAUUCUCAGUGUUUAGCACAACUUCAUCAGAAUCAGAUGUUUUGUUUUACAAUAACGGACGUAUCCGGUUCUCAUUUUAACAAUCUCGGGCCAUUGUGAUCCAAGUAAUUUUUUUUUUUUUUUAAACCUCUGAAUAUUUUAACUUCUUAGACUCCCAGGAACAACCAUCUACUGCAUUUACUUUCAUAAUGACAGACAUGUCCUUUUAGGUUCACUGUAGCUUGUGAAUAAUAUAUUUUAAGAUAAAACUGUUUCUAACCUGGCGACUUGUCCAGGGUGUACCCCGCCUUUCGCCCGUAGUCAGCUGGGAUAGGCUCCAGCUUGCCUGCGACCCUGUAGAACAGGAUAAGCAGCUAGAGAUGAUGGAUGGAUGGAGAAACUGUUUCCCCUUGUAUACAUGUUUUAUUUUUAUUUAUUAGUUUUCUUGUUUUCCAUUUUUUUCUUUCUAUCCAUGGACAGUUUUAACUACAGCAUUCCGUACAUAAUUUAUUUUUGUAUUACAAGUUGUUUAUACUAGAUUUUGAUCAGAUUUUUCCCUUUUAUAAUUUCUCUGUUCUUCCCUAUAUUUAAUAGGAUAACAUGAUGU